GAUAAACUCAAUGGGGUUGUCUAUUUUUAACCUCCUGUUCUUUCCUUCUGGCAGAGUAAUCAGUGCGAGCUGAGCUCUUCCCCUGAAUGAAUCCAAGUAACCCCCGUGGGUGCCUUCUGAAAUGACCAGCAGAUGCACAUCUGUACAAAGGCUGACCAAAGCAUAAACUCUGGUUCUAAAGUACCAUGUCCAGCCAAGGAAGUCCUGGAGUGGAGUUUUCUACGACAACAGUCAGUUCAGUAGCUGUGCAAGCUGGGGACUCUAAAAUCGUUAUAGCUGUCAUAAAGUGUGGCAAAUGGAUACAACUUCAGCUGGCUGAAUCACAGCCCAAUAUUUUAGAAAUUGGUAGCAAUCAAGAUGAAACCCAAAAACUUCUUCAUGAUCAUGAACUUCUUCUGGCCAAGCUUAAGGCUUUGGAAGAUCAGGUAUGGGAACUCCUGCGGGAAGCGGACAAGACAGCCGAAGAGAACAAGGAUCAGAGUCGGGUGUAUGACGCCAUGGCCACUACCCUGGGUGAAGCCUGGGCAGCCCUGGUCUCCAUGCUGGAAGGAAGAAGGGAGCUCCUCAGGUUGACCUCUGAAUUUUUUGAAAGUGCCUUGGAGUUUGCUAUUAAAAUAGAUCAAGCAGAAGAUUUCCUCCAGAACACUCAGGAGUUUGAGAGCACUGAGUCCUUAAAAUCACUUCUUCAGCUUCAUGAACGUCAUACUAAAGAACUCUUAGAACACUCUCUAGCCCUUCUAAACAAAAGUCAACAACUCACUGACUUCAUAGAAAACUUCAAGUGUGAUGGACCUAAUGUAAAUCCUGAGCUGAUGCAGGGGGCUCGUAGUAGCUGCCUGAAGAUUGACAGUCUUCUUGAACUUCUACAAGACAGGAGACGGCAACUAGACAAGUACCUGAAGCAACAACGGCAGGAAUUGAGUCAGGUUCUGCAGAUAUGUCAGUGGGACCAACAAGAAAAUCAGGUUACUUGUUGGUUCCAGAAAACCAUAAGAGAUUUACGGGAACAAAGUCUGGGUUCAUCACUUUCAGACAAUGAGGAGCUGAUCCGUAAGCACGAGGAACUGAAAAUAAAAGCAAAGGAAUGGAACUCCGCUGUUGAGAAGCUGAAGCGUGAGGCGCUUGAGGUCCUGCUAUCCAAGGACUAUGUGGAGAAAGAACAUCUACAGCUCUGCCACCAGAAACUGAAUCGGCUGCAAGAAGAAUUUGGCCAGCUCAUCGUGGAAAGGAAAAGCUGGUUAAAAAAGGCAAAUGACUUUUUUAACAGCGCCAACAAGGCAUUUGAUGUACUUGGAAGAGUUGAAGCUUACCUUAAGCUCCUUAAAUCAGAGGGUUUAAGUCUGCCUGUCUUGGCAGCGAGACAUGAGGAAUUAUACAGAGAAAUUAAAGACUGUGCAGCUGAUGCUUUGCAAAAGGGACAAGCCUUAAUCAGCCAAGUAGACUCCUGCAGCUCUCAGGUGACUGGCGUCCAUGAGAUGAUGGGAUGUAUUCAGAGACGAGUGGAUCACCUGACUGAACAGUGUUCGGCGCACAAGGAAUUUGCUCUUAAGAAACAACAAUUCACAGCCUCAGUGGAGGGCUAUCUAAGAAAGGUGGAAAUGUCAAUUCAGGAAAUCAGUCCAGUACUUUCCAAUGCAAUGGAUGUUGGUUCCAGCCUUUCUGAGUCAGAGAAGAUUUUGAGUAAAUAUCUGGAACUAGAUAUCCAAGCUAAGGAAAUAUCACAUGAAUUAGAAGCAGCUGCAAAACUUAUGACAGAGAAAAAUGAAUUUGAACCUGAUGAAGUGCCAUCGUUUUCUUUUAAAGCUAAAUGGCUAGAGGAAGAGUUAAACAUACUCAGCCAAAGCAUCAGCUCCAGGUCACAAGUCUUGCAAACCUAUGUGGCAUUUCUAAAGUCAUCAGAGGAGGUAGAUGAGCAGUGCCAGCGCCUGAAGGAGUUCUACCGAACUACAGACCCACGGCGGGAAGAGGACACCGCAGAAGCCAAGCAUCGGUCUGACUCAGCUGAGAGGCAGUGGAAGCUCUUUCUGAAGAGGAGUUUUUUACUGCAAGACCUAGGACUUGAGUUCCUUAAUUUAAUGAAUAUGGCAAAAGAGAAUGAAAUAUUAAAUGUGAAAAAUAAAGCACACAUUAUGGAGAACACCAUGGAAAGCCAGCAGGCAGAAAGAGAAGAACUUGGCCGCCUUCGGAUGGCAUGGCAGCUUAAAGCCACCGCAAGCAAGCCUGUGAAACAACAGUGGGCAGCGUUCAAAGAGCAACUUAGAAAGACUGCUCACAACUUAAAACUCCUUCAGGAAGCACUGAUGCCUGUGUCUGCGCUUGACCUUGGAGGGAGCCUCCAGACCAUUUUAGGUCUCAGGAAGAAAUGGAAUGCCAUGAAGCCUCAGUUCCAGCAACUGAAUGAUGAGGUUCAAUACAUCAUAAAAGAAUCAGAAGCAUUAAAUGGCAAAGGAGCCCCUGUGAAAGAGAAGUCUCAACAGCUCAAGGACCUCAUUCACCUUCAUCGAAAACAGCAAGAGAGAAUCCAAGACUAUGAGGACAUCCUGUACAAGGUAGUCCAGUUCCACCAAGUCAAGGAAGAGCUGGAACAUCUCAUCAAAUCAAGGGAAUUGGAGCUUCUGGAACAGCUGAUGGACCUGGAUAAUGCUCAGGAGGCCCAGAUUCAGCUCAGUCGCUCUCAGGAAAAGCAGGCGCACGUAGACCAUCUCUGCAAACUGGCCCUUUGCCUGGGAGUGGACAUCAUCUCAUCAGUGCAGCGGCCUAACUGCUCAAACGUAUCUGCAAAGAACCUACAGCAGCAGCUGGACGUCCUCGAGCGGGAGAGAGUGACCUGGCGUGCCAAAGCCGAGGAGCACGAGCAGGUUCUUGCCCGCAGCAUGCAGUGCCGCGCCACGAGGGACGAGAUAAAUGAGCUCAGAGAGUCAUUCAAAGAUAUCAAAAAGAAAUUUAACAAUUUGAAGUUUAAUUACUCUAAGAAAAAUGAAAAAGCCAAGAAUCUGAAGGCUCUGAAAUACCAAAUUCAACAAGUCGAUAUGCAUGCUGAAAAAAUACAGGCUUUGAAAAGGAAAAUGGAAAAAGUUGCGAAUAAGACUUCUGAUUCUUCCUUAAAUUAUGCAAAUAAUAAAGUCACUGUCCUUUUGGAGGCCAUGAAGGAUUUGCAAAAACACGUGGAUGAGUUUGACAAAGUUGUAACAGAUUACAAGAAGAAUCUGGACCUGACUGAGCAUCUCCAGGAGAUGAUCGAAGAGUGUCAUUUUUGGUGUGAAGAUGCAAGUGCCACAGUUGUAAGAGUUGGAAAAUAUUCCACAGAGUGCCAGACAAAAGAAGCUGUGGAAAUUCUCCACCAGCAGUUCAAUAAGUUCAUCACGCCUUCAGUGCCUCAGCAAGAAGAAAGGAUUCGGGAGAUCAGUGACCUCGCUCAGCGGUUAUAUGGCUUUGAAGAAGGGCAGAAAUAUGUUGAAAAAAUAGUGGCAAAACACAAAGAAGUUCUUGAAUCUAUUACUGAAUUAUGUUGUUCUCUCACAGAGCUCGAAGAAAAGCUGAAGCAGGGAGACGUUUUAAAGAGGAAUCUGAAUUCAGAAGACUUCCAUGAUGAUUGCAUCGACCUAUUGAAAGAACCAGUAAGGAAUAAGCGGACAAUAUUCAAUGAAGAAUUGAAUAAGGAGCAGGUGCAGGUAACGGAUAUUUUGGCCAUCAACGGAGCAGGAGAGGGCCUGCAGCAGCUCUCCUCUGGCAAAGGGGGCGGUGCCCGAGGCCCGCUCCUGCCUGCGGACAUGCUUUCAGGAGAAGAACACGAGUGUGUCUCACCCGAUGACAUCUCCUUGCCUCCACUCCCCGGGAGCCCCGAUUCCCCCCUUGCCCCGUCUGACAUGGAGGUAGAGGAACAUGCCAGCCCCUCCCUCAGCCUUCACAUAAGCAGCCACAGGAUGCAGACUGGGGCCAGCGGUCCAGGGGAGGCCCCGGAAUCUGGCCUCCCACCACCUGCUGCUUUUGCUGAUACUUGCGAUGAUAAGAGAGAAACAUUUUCAAGUGAUUUCGAGAAGCCUCACCCCCACUACAAAGCUGAGCCCCCAUUGACCUCCAGAGGACUUCUGGAAAAGAGUACAGCCAUCAGCAAAAUCAGUGCUAAACACCCUGAGAGCAUGCCGAGUGAACUGCAUGAGAGAGCUUUACAACAACACCUGCAGGCUCAGGAAAGUUUGCUAGAAACACGGGAGAAAAUGCAUGCUGAUAAUAAUGUCACUAAAACCCGAGACAGGCUGCAUGCUUCCCAGGAUGCUUUCUCGGGCCUGGGGUUUCAAUUAGACCCCAGCCGGGCCUAUCAGAGGCAAAUGGUUCCCCGAGAAGAGGUUAAAAGUACGUCAGCAAAGAACAGCGUGGUCAGCCUAGCUGGCCAGGCACCUAAUUUCUCCAGGCUCCUGUCUAAUGUAACUGUCAUGGAAGGUUCUCCAGUGACUUUGGAAGUCGAAGUAACAGGAUUUCCAGAGCCUACACUGACAUGGUACAAGAAGGGCCAGAAAUUGUCUGCAGAUGGACACUUACAGGUUUCACACAAGGAGACAAGACAUUCGGUGUUCAUUCCGAAGGUAUGCGGGGCAGACGCAGGCCUCUAUGUGGCUCGGGCCCAAAACUCUAGUGGCAAUCUCUCUUCCAAUGUCAUCCUCCAUGUGACAGGUAACCGCAGGCCACCAAUCACAAGAAUAAACUGGAUAACACUGUGUGUCAUCUAUGUCAGUGUAUCGCUAAUGUACUGGCUGCUCCUGCGGUAACUGGGCUUCACCCCCACGGAUGUGACUCUCACAAGCCUAAAGGACAAUAAAGUUGUUCAUUUUCCUGCAUCUCCCACAAAGCAUCCCCUACCAAGAGCCCCUCCAUUCUGACCCUAUUUCUUGUUUGGCUAAUACCACUGUUUGGUGAAAUAAUCCAGUUUUCUUCAGUGCUUUAAUCUAUUAAAGGACUGAAGGAGGAGACUGGUAAACUAUCUGCCGUGGAUAAGCAUACAUUUUUUUUUUGU